CAGCAGCAGCAGCAGCAGGAGAGGGGAUCCCGUGGCCCGCCCCCUCCCCGGCAUGGAGCUGCGGGAAGAGCCCUGGGCCCCGGGGCCCCUGGACUCGGAAGAGCAGCAGAUCCCCAGCCUUGAGCACCCAGUGGGCAUCCUGAUCAUGACGGACAGCGAGGAGGACGAGGGCCGCGCGUCCAGCCCGAAGGGGGGCUCCCCGGCCGGCGCGGUCCCUUCCCCGCCCGCCCCGGGGGGCCGGCGGCGCGGGGGCGGGGCGGCCAAGACCCCGGGCCCCCCGCGGCCCCGCCCGGCGGCCCCGGGCCAGAGCCCCUACAUCUGCAACGAGUGCGGCAAGAGCUUCAGCCACUGGUCCAAGCUGACGCGGCACCAGCGCACGCACACGGGCGAGCGGCCCAACACGUGCGGCGAGUGCGGGAAGAGCUUCAGCCAGAGCUCGCACCUGGUGCAGCACCGGCGCACCCACACCGGCGAGAAGCCCUACGCCUGCACCGAGUGCGGCAAGAGGUUCAGCUGGAGCUCCAACCUCAUGCAGCACCAGCGCAUCCACACGGGCGAGAAGCCCUACGCCUGCCCCGACUGCGGCCGCUCCUUCACGCAGAGCAAGAGCCUGGCCAAGCACCGGCGCUCCCACACCGGCGAGAAGCCCUUCUGCUGCCCGCACUGCGCCCGCGGCUUCAGCCAGAGCAAGAGCCUGGCCCGCCACCUGCGCCUCCACCCGCCGGCCGCCCGGGCGCCCGGGGCGGCCGCCGGGCCCGGGAACCCCGGCCCCGACCGGCCGGCCCGCCGCCCGCCGCCGGCCCCCAAGCCCUACGUGUGCGUCGAGUGCGGGCGGGGCUUCGGGCUGAGCGCCGGCCUGCUGGCUCACCAGCGGGCCCACCGCGAGGAGGGCCGGGGGGCCGCCGCCGCCGCCGCCCUCACGGAGGAGGAGGAGGACGACGAGGGGGAGGACGGGGAGGAGGAGGAGGACGAGGAGGAGCCGGCGCACAUCUGCGUGGAGUGCGGCGAGGGCUUCCGCCAGGGCGCGGCCCUGAGGCGUCACAAGCGGGUCCACGCGGUGGAGGCGCCGCGCCUCUGCGGCGGCUGCGGCCAGAGCUACUACCGGGGGCCGGGCCGGGCCGGGCGCUGCGCCCAGUGCCAGGAGAGCGGCCGGUAGGGGAGGGCCCGCCGCCUCCCGUGCGUCUCUCCCCGCCCGCGCCGCCGGGCGCCCCGCGCCGAGGCCGCCCCCGCGGCCCGGGCCCUCCCUAGGAUCGGAGGUGGCCCGUAGGAGUUUCUCGUAGGCUUGAUUUGUUUGGGGUUUGUUUUUUUUGAGGCGCCCGCCCCCGGGCCCCCGACCUCUCCUCCGCCCCCCCUUCACCCCGUCCUCUUCCCCACUGCCCCCGUCUGUCCGACGGGGAGCGGGGAGCGGGCCCGGAGGGCCGAGAGGGCUGGGGCGAAGCCCAAGGACGCCGUCCCCUCCUCCCGCCCCUGAGCCGCGGAGCCCGCGGGCCGAGAUCGCAGAAAGCGGAACUGGAAUGGGAUGGGGGGAAGACCGGGGGCCGGGCUGGGGGACGCCGGCGCGGGGUGGGAGGCGCCCCGGGAAACCCCGACGCCGGCCCCCUCCCCGGCUCGGCCCGGCCCGGCGCCACCGGCCGGGGGUCGGCGGGCGGGAGCCGGGCCAAUAAACAAGUCAGCCUCAA